AUGAGACAUUUUCUUGUAGGAUCGUUGGCGUAUGAUUACAGUCUUGGUAUUAUAGACAGAAAUCCUUCUUUAACGAAAAAACUUUUUCCUUUUCAGCAUCAAAGGUUGGAGUACUACAUCUACAAAGACCACAUCCAAGUUGAAGACUUGGGCAUAACUGCCAAAGAGAAUGAUGCACUGAAGUUUACAAUAUGGUACAAGAAUAGGAAUUUGAAGUCCUACAAGUUGGAGAAUAAGGACCCAGCCGUGAGGACCGCGUGGGUGGAGGAGAUAACCUCCCUGCUGUGGGAACAGGCCAUGAAGAAGAAAGAGUUAUUGCUGGAGCAGCGCAAAAAGCGGAUGUCUGUGGCGUCCCAGCAGUCCAGCGAGGAUGACAAGAAUGACGACAAAUAUAACUCCCUCCGCGGAGUGCCAGGGGAGGUCAACCGUUCUGGAGAGAAGAAAACCAGAAGAACCACUUGGUACUGCGAAUGAGAAGACAUAUAUUAUAUUAUUAGGUUCCACUUUUUUAUUGGGGAUUAGCCCAACUGACUUGUGUCUAAAUUAUGGAGGCAAUUGAAUGUUACUCCUAUUAAAAACUGCCAAAUUGUGUUUUUGGAAUGUAUUGAGGAAAUGUGACCAAAGAAAGGGCUAUUCUCUUCUUUCUUUUAUAAAAAUAUUGGUCAAAAUAUACACGUCCAAAUUGUACUGAAAUGUAUAGAAAAGAAAGUUAUGGUAAAACACUCAACAAUUUAUACAAAUAUUUCUAGGUCUAACUUAACUCAGUGCCUGAGGUAUGGGAGCGGCACGAGAGGGGUGACCCGUGACAUUGACAUAUUAUGACGUGAGCAUACAAAUCUGAAGUUUCUCAGACGUUUGACGUCUCAAAAACACCCUUUCGUGCUGCUCUUAUACCUCAGGCAGUGAUUAAAUUAAACGCUUAGACCCACAGUGUUUGGCUUUAUUUGUCGUCUGUACAAUAAAUAUCUAAAAACCUCAAACGGUCAUUGAAUGACAACAGCUGAAACCAAUCACUAGGUAUUUUCAAAGUUUUUUACAAUCUAAGUAACGGGACGUAGAAGUAUUUGUAGUAAUAUUGUCAUGCCCUGCUCAAUACUACUUUAAGUUGCAGUUAAUCUGUUAGAAAUGGUAUCAAUGUAGAUUUCCAAUAAGUAGGCACUUCACUAAGAUAGCAUUAAGUGAGCUCUAUUUUAGAAUUUCCAUAGUUUGUUCCAAUUUUCCAUUUGUAUUUAAAAUUAGGCAGUAGCAGUUGUAAAAUUUCAGGAUUUAAGGAUACAAAAAAGGGACAAUAUUUGUUUUUAAUUUAUCCCUAUAAAUUUCCAGCUUGGUACAAAUUCGUUUUUACUUUUUUAUACUAAUUAUUUAGAAAUGACUUUCCAUUGAAAAUUACUAAAAUAAUAUAAUACUUCUCACGUAAAACAUUGUAUUCAAUAUGAAAAUUAUAGAAGUGGUAAAAAACUAUUUUGCUGUAAGUAACAAGAAUAUAAAACAGAUUGAGACACAUGUAAUACUUUAUAUAGAAGACGUACAUACGUAAUAUUUUUAUUAUUUAAAUUUCGAUGACUCAUUUUAAAUUAACUUAACUACUAUACUCUCCCAUUAUUUUCGUAAACAAGUCAUGUGUCUUUGUUUUUAGUUGAAUAAACAUUAUUUUAAUUGUGGCAGUUACAUUAAAAUUGGCCUAUCCGCAUUAAAUUGUAAAUAAUAAUAAUUAUAUCCAGGGGAUUUAUUAUCGGCAACAUGGGAGUGAUGUAUGAAUUAUUUUCACAUUCAUGACAAAAAUGUUUCCAAAGAUAUUUUAUCAGAUGUAUAAUUGAUGUUGUUUUGUAAAUAAAUAUUUAAUUUAACAUUGUAAUUUAUUUAAUUGGCAGACAAGUGUAACGCAUGAUUUGGAGUCAAUAAUAUUUACAGGUUUUUAAUUUCCUCACAUUAAUAUUUUUGUAAAUAAUACGUUAAUAAGAAUUACAAUAAGCGUAGAUCAAUCAAUUAGAUUGGAAAUUUAACAAACAGACUUUAUAAACAACUAGACAGGCUGUUCAGAAUCGAAAUUGAGUUCCAACGCCUUUAUCUGAAAUAUGUAAUUUAAAAUCGUGUAAAGUACAACAUUUGCGGUCCUGGUCCUAUCUGUACAUUUAUUUACUUCUCUCACCAGCUCGCUAUCAACUGAGGGCUUAGUGUGAGUUUACAUCAAACGUCACUAGCGAGCGCGUUAAAAAAUAUAUGAAGAUUUUAGUUCUUGAAUGUUUCCACUAGGGGCGCUGUACAAUCCGUCAUACAUUUAAUGUCACUUUUUUAAGUAAUCGACAUCGAAUGCGUUUGACGUAAACUCACUACGUCCCCUGGAUUGUCCACAAACGUCAUUAACUUAUUGAGAAAAGGCUUAGUUAAGGACAGCCAGUCAAGUAGUACGUGCAUACAAAUAUUUGGUAAUAUACGACAGCACAUCAGACUAUACAAUUCUGUUCCAAAUUCGCCCCUAUUACAACUGCAUAAGAUUCCUAUGUAAACAUAGGAAUCAAGCUAAAGCUUCGUGUACUGUCGCUUGUACGAAAUCUUAAAAAAAUACCUACUCUGUUCUCGUUUCGAGUCAAAACUAUUUCUCCGCUUGACGUUGCCUUGCGCUAAGUCGAAAAAUGAGAUGAUGCGGAGAGAGCGAACGAACAGUUGAAUUGAUUUCCAAUCUUUGGAUUACCAAAUAAUGAUUAGUUCCAAAGCAGAAAUGAAAAGUACUGUAUUUCCUCAUCUUUAAAUUAACGUAAAGGACUAAUUUAGUGAUUACCUAACCCAAUUUUUGAAACGUCUCUCGUAAAACGUCAUUAUUUUCUUGAGUUAGUUUUAAUAUGUAGGAAGUCUUAAUGUAGCUUUUCAGUCAUAAUUUUAUUGGACAUAUUUUAUUGUUAAAAAGUUAUUUAAUUUUUAAUGUCAUGUAAAUAAGGAUAAAU